UGCGCCCUAAGCACACUGAAUAAAUCUCUUAGCAAUGGCUCUAAUGCUUCUCUCCAUAUCGAGCGCCACGAGCUCUCGCGCUUUCUUUUUCUUGGUCUCCAGACCUUGAUCCCAAGCCUCCAGAUAAAUCAGGGCUUAAAGCUUGGAUUUUUUGUAGAUUUUUUUGGGGUUUUUAGAUUCAAUUUCAUUGCUUUGAUUUGUGAACAUCUAAUGGGGAAGAAGCUGAAGUCCAAGGCUGGCCGGAACGCACGGAAAACGCCGGCACGGGCGCCGUCUGAUUCCGGUGAUCGGAGCGUCGGUGUUACCGAUGGGGCGGCGAAGCCUGAAGAGGGUUGCAAUCAUUACAGCAAGGAUCGUUCCUAUUUGAAUCGGAUUCUGUUGGCAAUCCAAUCUUCUCUGAAUGUGGCGGCGGCGUGUGAGCAUUGCCGGGAGGAGCCGGUGACGAAGAGAGGGAACAAAGAGAAGGGAAACAAGAACAAGAAGAAAGGAGGAGCUAAGGAUGGUGAUGCGAAAUCGGAGUCGAAUUUCAUCUGGGUUUGUUUGGAUUGCAAUCGGUACUUUUGUGGAGGUGCAGUGAAUGUCUCGGUGCCGUAUGGCCAUGUGAGGAGGCAUGCUAAGCAAGAUCACCAUCCGUGGGUGGUGAGGCUUGAUGAUCCUUUGGUAUCUUGGUGUUUCAUGUGUAAUUCUUCAGUGCAGAUAGAGUCACCGGAGGUUUUGAAUGCGGAGGUAGCAAAGUCUGAUGUUGAAGAAUGCUCUGCUAGUAAUUCAGGGCCAAUGGAGAAUAGUGAGGAGAAGGGGUUUGCCAUUAGAGGGUUGGUGAACCUUGGCAAUACUUGCUUCUUUAAUUCAGUAAUGCAGAACAUUUUUGCUUUGAAUGUGUUGCGGGACUAUUUUGUAAGCUUAGGUAGGCCUUUCGGGCCACUUUCAACUGUGUUGAAAAAGCUGUUUUGGGAAACAAGCAUGGCUGCAGACUCAAGAAGUGUUUUGAAUCCAAAAGCUCUUUUCGGGUGCAUAUGUACAAAGGCUCCUCAGUUUAGAGGGUACCAACAGCAGGAUAGUCAUGAGUUGCUUCGGUAUUUGCUUGAUGGGUUGCACAUGGAAGAGGUGAGUGAGAAGAAGUUGGCUGAUGCUUCUGAUGAGAAGGAUAAGGGCAAUUCAUCCUCAGAGGCAAGUUUUGUGGAUGCCAUUUUUGGAGGCCUGCUAUCUAGCACUGUCUCGUGUGUGGACUGCGGGCAUACUUCGACUGUGCAUGAACCAUUUCUUGAUCUUUCAUUGCCAGUACCUUCUAAAAAGUCUCCACCUAAAAAGGUUCCUCUCCCUAAUAAUAAGAAUAAACUACCUCUGAGAGAAGGGAACAAGAGCCGGAGAUUUCGAGAAAAGGCACCUACUGUGAGUGAACAGCCUAAGGCAGAAAAUUUGAGUUCUUCGGAGUGCAGUGUGUCUGGUGCUCCCUGCACCACACCAAGAACCAGAAGUCACAUAUGGCGGGGAAUCUGAUUUGCAUGGAUGGACUAUCUUGAACCUAAUUUGACAACAGAUGCUGCUGAUUCUGUUUGUGAGGAGGGUGAAAUUUAUGUGGCUCAAUGUUCUGAUGGUGUGAACAUGAGGCAGAAGGAGGUUCUUGCAGAAUGUUCAGAUUCUGCGACUGAAAUGUGCUCUGAAGAGGUAAUGGUACCUUCAGAGUCUUGCGCGGACAGUUCCCUUGCAGUUGAAACCCUGCCUUCAUUUCAACAAAAUCCUGGUGUUAUAUUACUUCCUUAUAAGGAGAUUGAAGCAACCGCUGAGGAAACAAACAGAGAGGCAUCAUGCUCUCUGAAGCCUGAAAAUUUCAAUUGUGUUGAUAAUCUGGCCAAAGAGACAAGUAUCCAGAGUACUUCUGUUGCUGGAUGUGAGCAAACAGAAGAGGUUUUUGAUGGCCUUGGAGACUUGUUUAAUGAGCCAGAAGUUACAUCUGAUAUCAGGACAGAAACUGGUAUGGAUGAGGAUGUGGAGAUGACUUUCGGAACUGGUAAUAGCACUGAGUCUAAUCAGGAUGAGAUUGACAAUAGUGACUCCCCGGUAUCAGUUAUCAGUUGCUUGGCCUUAUUCACUAAGCCGGAGAUUUUGUCUGAUGAACAUGCAUGGCAUUGCGAGCAUUGUUCUGAGAGCUUGCAAGGGCAGAAGGUGGUGCGUAAUAAUUGUAAACGGCGUGCUGUUGCAAGUCUUGCAGAACCAUCAAAGUCGCAAGUGAAUAGGGCUCAAGUUAGCAAUAAAAGGACUUCAUCUAGUGGAGAGGCAAACUGUUUGGAUCCCGCUGAGCGCCAUGCUCUAGAUAAUGGCAAGGUGACAUCCACAUCUGAAGAUGCAGUUUCACAUCAUGAAAGACUUGAACCAAAUAUAAAUGUAAAUAUUACUACAGAACCACAUUACUUGGUUGCAGGUUCAGACAGUUUGACAUGCAAAUUUGUUAAAGCUGAGAAUGAGAAGAGUUUGGUGUUAUUAGACCCAGCCUCUGAUGAUCAGGCUCAGUGUCCUGAUGUUACCAUGAACGAUGAAGGCUUGAACAAGUUAGGUCAUGUUUCUAACUAUACAUCACAUGCAUUUGCUCAUGAGAAAGUUACCUUAUAUUCAGGCUACCAUGAAAAUGGUUCUUGUAGCAUAAAUGAUUCAAAUUGUGUUAAAUGUGAUGGACAUGAUAAUGCAACUGUCUCUAGCAGCUCACCUGAGCACACACAAACUGCCACGCAAAGCGCCUGUGAGAAUGACCACUUUGGUGAAGUCGACCAAAUGGCAAAGAAAUGUGCACAGUCAAUGGUUGAAAAGUGUUCAGAGGAUGGAAGCAGAGAUGAUGAUGUGAAGCAUGAAAGUAAAAAGGUGAAAAGAGAUGCAACAAAAAGGUUCAUGAUCCAUAGGUGCCCUCAGAUUUUAACAAUUCAUCUAAAACGGUUCAGCCAAGAUGCUCGUGGUCGAUUGAGUAAAUUGAGAGGUCAUAUUCCAUUUCAAGAGACACUUGAUUUGAAACCAUAUAUGGACCCCAGGAGUGAUAAGACUGAGAAGUGUUCCUAUCGCCUUGUCGGAGUUGUGGAGCAUUCCGGUGGUAUGUCAGGAGGCCAUUAUGUUGCUUAUGUGAGAGGGGAGCGAAGCAAGGGUAAGGAUCUGAAAAGCUCUGGCCCUGCAUGGCACUAUGCAAGCGAUGCUUAUAUCCGUGGGGUUUCUUUGAAUGAAGUUCUUCAAAGUGAUGCCUAUAUCCUAUUCUACGAAAGAGUGGAGAACUGAAACAAGAGUUUGGCCCAUUUUUUGAACAAUCAAGAAGAAUGGCAGAUCGUCUCAAAAUACACAGCAGAUCGUCAAGAAUGAAAAAAGAUCAGAUGAUACUCACACUGAUACGGUCGGGGUCAUCAUCUUUUCGACACCUGAAUGCAGGUAUAAGCUGUGUCAAAGAUUUGUAUCAUCACAUUAACAGUAAUUAGCUUCUCAAUUUAUCGAUGCGAAUUCUCUGUUAUUGCCGGAGGAUGACAUUCACUUGCCCUCAGGAUGAAAUGGUUUUUGUUCAGGUGAGAUAGCCUUGUUCAUCAAAGGGGGUAGAAUUGGUGGUAUUUUGGUUAUAAGUGAUCACCUUUAGGAACUUCACUGCAAACAAAGACACACAUAUAUAAGACUUCAUCUGUGGAUUGCCAUCCCUUAUUGAUUACUUCUUUAUUUUUCUUUUUUUUUUUUUCUUUUUUCUUUUUUGAUGAGAAAAGAUUGCAACUCUUUGGCUUCACAAAAUUUCAAUUAUAUUUAUAUUGUAUCUUAUUCAUGUUA